UUGGGCAGGAUCCAGUUCCCCCUUUGCACUGCUGCGGGAGGCCGGACGGGGUGGGCAAUGGGCGGAUCCCGGCGGGUCAGGUAGAUCCCGGCCUCCUUGGUGGUCUUCUCCGAGGGAGGGUGGUUUGAUGGUUCGGUUUUCGGGGAGGAGGAUGGAUGCGCCUUCCUCCCUCCCUCCCAAAUGUGGGGGUUCGGGACCCUCUUGCUGCUUCUGCUGGGGGGGUGGGGAGUCCCGGGAUCCCUGCCCUCGGGUCUAGCCCAUUGGGCAUGACCGAGACGCUUCCGAGCACACCAUUGCCCCCUCCAACCUGCCCUGUUUGCAAAGGGAUCCGCCCUUUUAAAAUCUAAACUCCCGGAGGCAGGGAUGCUUCUUGAAUGCCGUUUGCUGGAAACCACCGCUGAGCGCUCCUGUUUGCUGGUUUCUCCUAAAGGGCAUCUUGGCCUGAUCCAGACUCUUAAUUUUCAUGCUCUUAGCAUGACCCACUCUGCCACUUUCCAGUGGAGAGCAGGUAGAGACUUUUCCUCUGCUGCCAUGAGUGGGAAGUCACUGCUGCUGAAGGUGAUCCUCCUGGGUGAUGGCGGCGUUGGGAAGAGCUCCCUCAUGAACCGCUACGUCACCAACAAGUUUGACUCGCAGGCCUUCCACACCAUUGGGGUUGAGUUCCUCAACCGGGACCUGGAGGUGGAUGGGCGCUUCGUGACGCUCCAGAUCUGGGACACAGCUGGGCAGGAGCGCUUCAAGAGCCUGCGGACCCCUUUCUACCGGGGGGCUGAUUGCUGUCUGCUGACCUUCAGUGUGGAUGACCGGCAGAGCUUCGACAACCUGGGCCACUGGCAAAAGGAGUUCAUCUGUUAUGCCAACGUGAAGGACCCUGACUGCUUCCCCUUUGUGGUUCUGGGCAACAAGGUGGACAAGUUGGAGAGGCAGGUGACUUCUGAAGAGGCCCAGGCCUGGUGCAUGGAGCAUGGCAACUACCCCUACCUGGAGACGAGUGCCAAGGACGACACCAACGUGGCUGUGGCCUUUGAAGAAGCUGUGCGGCAGGUGUUGGCCAUGGAGGAGCAGCUGGAGCACUGUGUGCUGGGCCAUGCGGUUGACCUGCACACCAGCAGCAAGGCAGGCUCUUCCUGCUGCUGAGAGAAACCAAGGGGGAGGGGAGGGGAAGGGCGCAUCCUGGAACUGUAGAUGCCAGGUGUGGGGGUCCUCAGGCUGCAGUCAGAGUGGGAGGCAGAGGGCUUUGAGAAGAGGACAGCUGGAAGGUCUCCUUCCUGCAUCAUUGCAUACCUAACCCACUGAGCAGUGUCCAGAUCAAGGGAUGUAAUAGUUCCACUCUAUUCUGCCUUAGUCAGACCACACCUGGAGUACUGUAUCCAGUUCUGGGCAUCACAAUU